AUGAGCGCUUACAAUUACAAGCUGGAUGCUAGCUACGCGUCCAGCACUGAUAUCUGUCCUAUUUGCAAGAGUACAGCCCAGACCACACCUAAUCUGCGAUUUAAGCGGAGUACAAAAUGUAAUCACAGAAUUUGUGAAGGUUGUGUCGACAGGAAAUUCACAAGUGGUGCAGUUCAAUGUCCCAUGUCUGGUUGCAACAAACAGCUUUGGAAACGAGACUGGAAAUUUCAGACUUUCGAAGAUAUUGAGGUCGAACGCCAACUCGAAGUCACGAAGUCAGUAUACGACGCGUUAGAACUCUCCAGACUCGGUAUUGUUGCAGACCCCAAAACAGGAUACGAAUCUGCAUUCGAGGACUUGAAAAGCUACAAUGACUACCUGGAGCUGAGAGAAUUGUUGGCAUUGAACCUGGCAUUGAAAACGGACGUUGCUGCUACACGAAAAAGAUUGACAGAAUUUGAGAACACGAAUGGACUGAACAGUAAAGCACAGACGAAGAAUCAACUCAAAGAUGGUGAAUACCCUGACGCCAGUGGCUUGAUUAAAGGUUUGAGGAAGAGGUACGUCCCGAAGGCUCUAUCCCCAUACAACCCAUUCGGAGAUAUACCACAAGACCGUGAGUACUACCACAUCGGCAAGGACGAUAAAUUUGAGUCUGUACUCAGUCGCAACAAGAAGUAUGAGGAGUACCAGCAAUGGGGAUAUAGUUUCGAGGCAUAUUUGGAUGAGAAUCUCCUCCGGGCAUUUUCUGGACUUGGUGUGUUUGUGGACAACGAGAAAGGAGGGAAAACAGACAUGACACUGCCUGCCAACACUGUUAUGGGAUGA